AUGGCAGCCCCGGUGAACAGUGUGGGUAACAUCCCGGCUGAACGUUUGCCGUUCAAUACUACGAGCUUUCAGAAGAAAACAAGGAGCAAAUUAAUAUCUAUACCUGGUACCAGACCUUCAGUUCAAAAUGGACAACUCUUAGUCUCGACUGGCGUGACGUCUCUGGACUAUCUGCUCGGUGGAGGGUUAGCAGUUGGAACAGUGCUUCUCAUUGAGGAGGACCGAUAUGACAGCUACUCUCGCAUGAUCUUGAAGUACUUUCUGGCCGAAGGAGUGGUGUGCCAACAUGAACUUUUUGUGGCAGCAGCUCAGGAUAACCCUGAUGACAUCUUACAGGAACUCCCCGCCCCCAUCUUGGAUGAUGUUGCUCUUCACAAACCCCCAGAGCAUCCCAAAUUGCCUUGUGAACCUCAGGACAGUUUGGAUGCCAUGAAGAUUGCCUGGCGCUAUCAGAAUCUUCCUAAAGUACAGAGCGCCCUGGCAUCAUCCUCCCGGUUUGGACACUACUAUGACGUGUCUAAGACAAUGGAGCCAGAAAUUCGCCAGACAGCCAAGUGCCACCGCUUCUACCUUCCACAGCAUGCCUCCCCGUCGUCAACUACAAACAGCUCAAAGCUCGAGCCAUACGCCGCACUGUUGAAGUCACUUCAAGAGGUCAUACAUAGGGAGGGCUUUGACUUGGCUGCCCCCAUGUCAAAGUCGCGCAACAUCCUGCGUGUUGGGCUUCACUCUCUCGGUUCAGCUCUGUGGGGUGACGACCUUAGUUGUCAUGACAACCCUAGACAUAGCCACGCCCUGACUACCUUUCUCUACGGACUUCGGGCCUUGCUGAGGUCAUCACUGUCGGUAGCAGUAGUUACUGUGCCUUCUCAUCUCAUCCAGAACCGAGCACUAAUGGGCGGCAUAACCAGGCUGUGUGACAAUGUCAUAGCCCUGGAAUCGUUCAAAGGCUCAGAGAGAGAGACCAACCCUCUCUACAAAGACUACCAUGGCCUGCUACAUGUACGGCAGGUUCCCCACCUGAACUGUCUGGCGAGUCAACUCCCCGACCACAAGGACCUCGCCUUUAAGCUCAAGAGGAAACAGUUCAGCAUAGAGCGGCUGCAUUUGCCUCCGGAUUUGUCCGAGACGGUGAGCCGUGUGAGCAGGGGGGAGCUGGCCGGCGGAGCCGUGAUGCCUUCAGCCUGCGGCUCCAGCACUUCCGGCACCAAACACCUGGACUUCUAGAGCUCUCAAACAGUCGCCAAGGGCAACAAACACCUGGAAUGCCACAGCCGUUGUCCUCUUUGCCGCAAUGAACAGGUUGUUCCCUCGCCCACAUAAUGUCAACUGCGAUAACCCAGCCAGCCAUUACCACCUGCCAAAUGACCCAGCCAGGGGUGAAGAUCUAAACAUCCAUUACACCUCUGCUCAUAAGGAACACAUACUCCAGUAUUUCAAGCCCUUAAAAAAAAUUAUAUAUAUAUAUGUAUAUAUAUCAUGCAUUUUGUUUUUGACAGCUGAGGUUUUUGUAGGAAGUUUAUUGAAUUUGUACACAAGCAAAGUCAUUUAUAUUCCCUAUUACCUGACCCUGGGGUUGUAUAUGAUGUUGCAUGACUGGCGGGAUCCUAAACGUUAAAAACAGUUACAUUUCUUCAAAGUUUGGUGAAAAAAAAAAAAAAAAGGAUAUAUGUGUGUGUGUGUGUGUGUGUGUAUAUAUACAUUUUCCCCUCUGUCCCGGGGGAUUUUGUCUGCAAGUGAAGUGUCAUCCUGAAAUAUUUUCUAGUCUUUACAGAACCUCCAUCUUGGCAAAUGUUAAAUAAUUUAACGAAGCUCUAGGCUUGCUUUACAAAACAAGAAGCCUCUGCUGUGCUGCUCCAACAUUUACAUCAUUCUGAAUAUACAGUUUGUUUUCAAGGACAGUGGAAUGUGCUCUUAUGUAAUUAAAUAAAAGAAUAUAAGUAUACAGAACCUGA